UCAGGCAUCCCAACCGUCAGUAUCUGACCGAAUAAAGCGGGAACUGGAGAUUCGGAUCACCUGUCUUCCUCGCAGGCUGAACUGGAAGACCUGACUUCAUCUCCAAAUUCGUUGGUUCUGUAACAUGCCUAAUACAAGGCUGAGUAGGGUUUGUUGUAAGACCUACAAAGCCUUCAAAUGGAUUCAGUGAGAGUUGCUCCCAUGGGGACCUUGCUGCUUCCAGAAGGUGCUUGAGCAAUAAACAGAAGCAACCUCGGAUUAGAAAAAGGGGUAAUAAGCAGCAGCUCCCAUUAGAAUCUGAAAUAAAUGGAGAAGCCAGGAAUGAAUCUGAACCAACCUGAUGAAGAGAAAGAAGGGGCGGAUGAAGGCAAAAUAAGGACACAAACUGGGUAGGAUAUUAGGCUGCGCCUGAGCACCUGCUGAGCGGAUGGAGCGCUUUGUCCGUGUUCCCUAUGGCUUGUACCAGGGUUAUGGGAACACAGUGCCUUUGGGCCAGCCUGGACUCUCAGGGCACAAACAGCCCGACUGGCGGCAAAAUAUGGGUCCUCCCACUUUUCUGGCCAGGCCAGGGCUGCUGGUGCCCGCGAACGCCCCUGACUACUGCAUUGACCCUUACAAAAGGGCGCAGCUUAAGGCCAUUCUUUCCCAGAUGAACCCCAGCCUGAGCCCGCGGCUGUGCAAGCCCAACACCAAGGAGGUGGGCGUGCAGGUGAGCCCGCGGGUGGACAAGGCUGUGCAGUGCUCUCUGGGGCCUCGCACCCUCAGCAGCUGCUCCCCCUGGGACGGCAGAGACCCCCGGGAGCCGCUGCCAGCCUGCGGGGUCACUUCGCCCGCCACCGGCCGCAGGGGCUUGAUCCGCCUGCGGAGAGAUGGGGACGACGCGGAGAGCAAGGCGCUCCCGGGCCCUGCGGAGGCCGGCCAGCCGCAGCCACCACCACGGAGGUCAGAAGCUGACAGGCAGGAGGAGCCCGGGCAGCUGGAGGAAUCGGGGGAGAAAAACGCCCCGUGCCCUCAAGAAACGAAGAGCAAGCAGGUGCUUGGAGACGCCGCCUCCGAGCCGCUGCGGAGGCCCAACUUCCAGUUUUUGGAACCAAAAUAUGGCUAUUUCCACUGUAAAGAUUGCAAGACCAGGUGGGAGAGUGCUUACGUGUGGUGCAUUUCUGGAACGAACAAGGUUUAUUUCAAACAACUCUGUUGUAAAUGCCAAAAGAGUUUUAACCCUUAUCGAGUAGAAGCAAUCCAAUGUCAGACCUGCUCAAAGUCUCAUUGUUCCUGUCCUCAAAAGAAGAGACACAUUGAUCUAAGGAGGCCUCAUCGACAGGAACUGUGUGGUCGCUGCAAAGACAAGAGAUUCUCCUGUGGCAAUAUUUACAGCUUUAAAUAUGUGAUGUGACUUGUACAGUGUGACUUGUAACGGACCCCUGAGCUCUUCUUGUAACUUACUGUGCUGUCUUCCUUUUUUGCAACUUGGCUCUGACCUGGCAUUGGAAAAUGGCUAGGCUUUUGUACUUUUUGUAGAUUGUGUAACAAUUGUACAAUGUGAAUAGAAUAAAAUAAAUGCAUGUGAACUAGA